UCAUACUCUUUCACUGGAUGGAGCGUCUCUUGUGUCUCAAAUGAGGGAAGAUGCCGCGACCUAAUUCUUCAUAAAACCGGCGUUAACAUGAAAAUGGCGAGAUAAGAAAACGACCUUACAAAAGGGUGAUAUAAACCAGUAGGUGAUGUGGUCCACUCUGACAGACAAAAUGAAGAGGAGGCUCCUUCGUGGUUUCCUGUCAGAAAUCUUCGUCCGCUUGGCGCUCUUUGUGAUUUUCCUGGUGACAGAGCACCUUCCACCUUUCUACCGCGAGAUCCAGCCAGAGGAGAUGUGGUUGUAUAAAUUUCACCGGGUGGAGCAAGAUCACAUUCCUACGUCACUCAUGUUUUGUGUCGCUGUUUUCACACCCCUGAUUGUCAUCAUUGUCUUCACCUUCUUGACGAAGUCAGAGCGAAGCGACGCCAAGGAAGCGUCUCUGGCCAUGACUUUGACUCUGGUGCUGAACGGCGUUUUUACCAACAUCAUCAAACUUGCUGUCGGCAGGCCCAGGCCAGACUUCUUCUACCGCUGUUUCCCAGAUGGCCAGUUGAACCUGGAGCUACGCUGCAGUGGUGAUCCAGAUGUGGUCAUGGAGGGGAGAAAGAGUUUUCCCAGCGGACAUUCUUCAUUUGCUUUUGCCGGGCUGGGCUUCACCUCCCUUUACAUUGGCGGGAAGCUGCGAUGCUUCAACGCAGCCGGCCAAGGCAGAGCGUGGCGCCUCUGCGUUUUCCUCAUACCUUUAAUCGUAGCGCUGACCAUUGCCCUCUCCAGAACCUGCGACUACAAACACCACUGGCAAGACGUGUUGGUGGGCUCUCUACUAGGCUUGACUUUCGCCUGGCUAUGCUACAGGCAGCAUUACCCGGCGCUUCAGGACGCCGACUGCCACCGCCCUUUGACUCAUCGACAGGGUGUCCCCACAUCACAGGAACGCAGGCUAGCCAACUCCAACUACAUCCUUCCCAUGUAAAACAGCCGCUUGCGCUGGAUCCUUUGCACUGUUGUUGCAUAUCAUGACUCUAGGGGCUGGGAACUUUUUAUUAUAGAAACUGUAUUACAGUGGUGUAAAAAGGUGUUUGCCUCCUUCCGGAUUUCUUUUUUUUUUUUUUUUUGCAUGUUUGUCACACUUAAAUGUUCCCAUCAUCAAACAAAUUUCAUUAUUAGUCAUAGACAACACAUGUAAACACAAAAUGCAGUUUUAAAAUCUUUUUUAUUAUUAAGGGAGAAAGAGCCAUGUAGUUUUGGAUUUCUAUGUGGAAAAAAUGAUUGCUCUAAAACCUAAUAACUGGUUGCACCACUCUUAGCAGCAACAACUGCAAUCUAGAGUUUGCAAUAACUUACUUGUGUUGUCUUUGACUAAUAUUUAAAUUAGUUUGAUGAUGGGAAACAUUUGUGUGAGAUGGAAAAAAAUAAGAAAUCAGAAAGCGGACAAACACUUUUUCAAAGCAGUGUAUAGGUAAGGCUGGUACAUUGGGUAUUUUCUCUACGAUAAUGACACUUCGAGUUGGACAGAUGUUUAAUCUUAAAUUGGAAUGUUAUUACACUUCUGCGCAGGCGUUCAUAACUGUGGAUGAAAUUUAUGGUGUUGCUUGUGGCCCAUCCAGAAUAAGUCACGCCACAUUAAGGAUAUCUGCAGUGUUAAUUUUACCCCUCAGAAGGCACAAAAGGGAGGUUGGGUAUGUUGGCAUGGGGGGAAACGCAGCACUCUCUUUAAAAUAUCAGCUGCUUUCAGUCAUUAUUACAGUCGUUAGGUUUGGUUGGUUGUUUUUACCUCCGAGGGAAAUAGUGACCCAAUAGAGAUGAGCAGGCAUAAUCAACACAGCAGAUACCACUUGUAAAAUACUGACAUCAAUCUGUUAGUUUUUUUCCAUCCAUUUAUUUUAUUUUUUUCUCACCCGUCUAAAUCUUAUGGUCUCACUGUAACUUACUUUUAAUGGAACCACGACAGAAUUCCGUCUGGCCUUUCAUGCCAUUCUAAAACGAAAUGAAGGAACUGGGUCACUAUUGCUAUAAAUUGCCUUUGUUGUCCUCAGAAUCAGAAUCAUCAUGAAAAUGUAGCAGAGUAAUGAAACUCAGAGGUCUUAUACCAGAAGUGUAACUCCUAAAGUGUUUCCUUCAUUUUUUAAUUUAAUUUUAUUAUUAUUUUUUUAAUUGGAUGUACAUGAUUUUGGCAUGUCAUACAGUCUCCUCUGCUAACUACAGUGGGUGUAAUAAGCAGUUAAAUGAUGCUAAAUUUCCCCCCCACCCGAAUGGAUAUGGUUUUCUUGUCCACACUAAAUUAUUUGAUCAAAUUAGUCAUUUUGAUCAUAUAUAUUGUUUUCAUGAUCAUUGUGAGCAUUUUGCAUGUGUCCCUGAAAUUGCUGUCCCACCCUGUCAUUAUGAUGGAGUAUCUGCCCCUUUAAGCAAACCUACGACAUUUUCUUUGUUUAGUGGAGGAUGAAACGGUGGCUAGUUGCAGAGUUAAUAUUUACAAUAUGAAGUUCAAUGAGAAAUUUCAUCUUUCUUUGGUAAAGUGGGGAAGUCUCAAAGGCACCUUAUGCUCAUAUUAACUCGACUCUGAUAAAAAAGGACUCAAAUAUUUAACCCACAAAUGCUCAUAAUAUAUAAAUUAAACAUGUUAAACAAUUACAUAUUUUUCCCAAAAUUUUGUAUGGGUCUAUGACAUUACAAAAAGGUACCUGAAAGGAAAGACGUUGUCCAUCUUUGAUUUAAAUGACCUUUAUAACCUUAGUUGUUUGUGUUUGGCAGUGUUUUGUUUGCACAUCUGUCCAGUCCAUCUGUGAGCAGAGAAACAAAUAUUCACAGGGCUGUUUUUUUUUGUUUAGGAAUUUUUUGGGGGGGGCAGACGUUACAAAUGCAUCUCAUUGGCUGUCAACAACUAGACGGUGCAGCUGGGACUGUUGUCACAAUUUUAACACAAGGAGAGGACAUCAAUGUAACAGCUGAAAAGGGUUUAAAUCCUGUUCAUAUUUGUUGGCACUUAAGGAGUGAGGGUAUAGUUUUUUUGUGGGUUCUAUGAUAAGUUGGUGGUGAGAACAAAAUAAUCAGGCAAAGCUCUGUGUUUUUGUGUGAGGUCAGCCAAAGUUUUCCAGGGUAUAAGCACUUUUGCUGGUCACUGUAAUACCAGCUCAAAUGCGUUGAUCACAGAGGCUUUCAGACCUUGGCAGUGAUUUUGUGCCUUUUUUUAUUUCCCAACAUUAUUCCAACAACUUCUGAAAUGUCGACUUCUUUUCAUUCCAUUUUUGUUCUGUAAUUUUCAUUUUCUCUGGUUUUUAAUUAAUGAUUCCAAGAUGAAGAUGAUUCAUCAUACUUAAUAUUGGCAUGAUUUUUUUUAUUUUUUUUUUAAUUCGAAUGCAUACAGAAUCUUAAAAGUUAUUACUCGUGUGUGUGUAAAUUCUAGAAUUCCAUUCUAGCAGGAUUUUUAUGCUGUACUCUAUGAUCAUCUGCACUUAAUUUGAGGCAUGUAGUAGUUUGACUUGAAUUUUCAAUGUUGGUUUGCCCUCUUUUGACUAGUUUAACAAUUGCAGUAGGCAUUUAAAUCCUCCAUGUUUCUCAGUGUAUUAAGAAAAAUGUCUCCACAUCCCUUUGAGUUUUUUUCAGCAGGAUAUCAAAUUAAAAAAAACAAAAUUUAAUAUUUUUUUAUUUAUUUAUUCUCCCCCACCCCCUGAAAGUUUCAGUGUUGACUAGGUGUACUGAUACUGUUUUGUGAAGUACAAAUUCUUGAGCAUUAUUAUUAUUUUUAUUAUUGUCAGGCACAUCUUUAUUUUGCCUUGUAAUGACCCUGGAACGUUGUUAAAGUAGUUAUUUGCAACUGUUUAUGCUGAUACUCUCCUGAUUGUAUUGUGCUGUCAGGUCAUUUGGUCACACUAAAUAAUGUUUCCACAUAA